AUGCUUUCAGCCGCGCAAAGGGCGAUUUAUAAUAAGGUGCUUAAGCACGCCAGGGCGCAAAUUGUUACUAGACAAGUUGUCGCGCCCUUGCUGCUUAACAUUAAUAGCAAAGCUGGUACUAGCAAAUCGUUUAUUAUCGAGGUAAUUUCGGCGCAUCUCCAGGCUCUUAUCUCGAAUUACGAGGAUGUUAUCUUCUGCGCUGCGCCUACCGGCGCCGCCUCGUAUAGCAUUGCCGGCUUAACGCUACAUACCUUACUACGGCUACCUACGAAAGGAGAAUUCCACCUACUAGGAGUAAGACAGCUCGCACACCUACAGAGAAAGCUUCGUAGGGUGCUCUACAUUAUUAUUAAUAAGAAGUCGAUAGUAGGCCUCGAGACGCUAGACCGUGUUUAG